GCGCAGCGCAGCGCAGCGCCGGCAGGUACGGCGGGGCCGCGCCGCGUCGGAGGAGAGUGCGCCGCGCCCGCUGCUCCCGAGUUUCCAAAGGGAGGAUUUAUCUUCCAGAGGGCUGCCUAAGUGUCGCUUAAUGGUUAUAAGCAUCUGAUUUCCUCCAAGUGAUCUGUCAUGCUGCUUAUGAUCUAGUGCCCAGGAGGGAGGGACGCAGAGGAUUUUGGCCAUGGCUCCAAGGAAGAGGAGCAGCCGGGGGAUCUCCUUCAUCUUCUGCUGCUUUCGCAGCAGUGACCACCCCGAGAUCACCUACCGGCUGCGCAAUGACAGCAGCUUCGCCCUGCAGACCAUGGAGCCCGCGCUGCCCAUGCCGCCCGGGGAGGAGCUGGAUGUCAUGUUCACCGAGCUGGUGGAUGAACUUGACCUCACAGACAAGCACAGAGAGGCCAUGUUCGCACUGCCGGCAGAGAAGAAGUGGCAGAUCUACUGCAGCAAGAAGAAGGACCAGGAAGAAAAUAAAGGAGCCACCAGCUGGCCAGAGUUUUAUAUUGACCAGCUGAAUUCCAUGGCUGCUAGGAAAUCGCUGAUCGCUUUGGAAAAAGAGGACGAGGAGGAGAGAAACAAAACAAUUGAAAGUCUGAAGACAGCUCUGCGGACCAAGCCAAUGAGGUUUGUAACCCGAUUCAUCGACCUGGAUGGCUUGUCUUGCAUCCUCAACUUUCUGAAAAGCAUGGACUAUGAGACAGCAGAGUCUCGCAUACAUACCUCGCUCAUUGGCUGUAUAAAAGCACUGAUGAACAACUCCCUGGGCCGGGCCCACGUCCUGGCCCACUCGGAGAGCAUCAACGUAAUCGCUCAGAGUCUGAGCACCGAGAACAUUAAGACCAAGGUGGCAGUGCUGGAAAUCAUGGGCGCCGUGUGCCUGGUUCCUGGGGGCCACAAGAAGGUACUGGAGGCCAUGCUGCACUACCAGAAGUAUGCCAGCGAACGGACUCGCUUCCAGACGCUGAUCAAUGACUUGGACAAGAGCACAGGGCGGUAUCGAGACGAAGUGAGCCUCAAGACAGCCAUCAUGUCCUUCAUCAACGCAGUCCUGAGCCAGGGGGCAGGCGUGGAAAGCCUGGAUUUCAGACUCCAUCUGAGAUACGAGUUCCUCAUGCUUGGCAUCCAGCCAGUCAUUGAUAAACUGAGAGAGCAUGAAAACUCCACCCUUGACCGGCACUUAGAUUUCUUUGAAAUGCUUAGAAAUGAAGAUGAACUGGAAUUUGCCAAAAGAUUUGAGCUGGUCCACAUCGACACCAAAAGUGCAACUCAGAUGUUCGAGCUGACGAGGAAGAGGCUGACGCACACCGAGGCGUACCCGCACUUUAUGUCUAUCCUGCACCACUGUCUCCAAAUGCCUUAUAAACGAAGCGGCAACACUGUGCAGUACUGGCUGCUGCUCGACAGGAUCGUGCAGCAGAUUGUCAUCCAGAGUGACAAAGGGCAGGACCCUGAUGCCACUCCCCUAGAGAACUUCAACAUUAAAAACGUUGUCAGGAUGUUAGUCAAUGAAAAUGAAGUGAAGCAGUGGAAAGAACAAGCAGAAAAAAUGCGAAAAGAGCACACUGAGCUUCAGCAGAAGCUGGAGAAGAAGGAGCGCGAGUGCGAUGCCAAGGCCCAGGAGAAGGAGGAGAUGAUGCAGACGCUGAACAAGAUGAAGGAGAAGCUGGAGAAGGAGUCCAGCGAGCACAAGCAGGUCAAGCAGCAGGUGGCAGAUCUUACAGCACAGCUCCACGAGAUGAGCAGGAGAGCAAUCUGUGCUGCUGGCCCUGGAGGACCUCCCUUGCCACCAGGAGCUCCUGGUGGCCCUUUACCUUCUCCAGUUCCUGGAUCACUUCUUCCUCCUCCACCACCACCACCACCACCCCCCGGAGGAUGUCCUCCACCACCUCCCCCUCCCCCACCUCCUCCAGGUGGUCCUCCACCUCCACCUGGUCCCCCACCUCUGGAUGGGGUGAUGCCUCCCCCUGGAGCACCUCUGGGCUUCACCCUCAAGAAGAAAAGCAUCCCACAGCCAACGAAUGCCCUCAAGUCCUUCAACUGGUCCAAGCUGCCAGAGAACAAGCUUGCAGGAACUGUGUGGACUGACAUAGAUGAUGCAAAGGUGUUCAAAGUCCUGGACCUCGAAGACCUGGAAAGGACAUUCUCUGCCUACCAAAGACAGCAGGACUUCUUUGUGAAUGGUAACUCCAGACAGAAAGAAGAUGCUAUCGAUGACACCUUGAGUUCUCGACAUAAAGUCAAGGAGCUUUCGGUCAUAGAUGGCCGGAGAGCUCAGAAUUGCAAUAUCCUCCUAUCAAGGCUGAAACUCUCGAACGAGGAGAUCAAACGAGCGAUUUUGACAAUGGAUGAGCAGGAGGACCUCCCAAAAGACAUGUUGGAGCAGCUCCUCAAGUUCGUUCCUGAGAAGGGUGAUAUUGACCUGCUGGAAGAGCACAAGCACGAGCUGGACCGUAUGGCCAAGGCUGACCGGUUCCUCUUUGAAAUGAGCAGGAUAAACCAUUAUCAGCAAAGGCUGCAGUCCCUCUACUUCAAGAAGAAGUUUGCAGAGAGAGUUGCAGAAGUCAAACCCAAGGUGGAAGCUAUCCGCGCCGGCUCCAAGGCAGUGCUGCAGAGCAGCAGCCUCCAGCAGCUGCUAGAGGUGGUCCUGGCCUUCGGGAACUACAUGAACAAGGGCCAGAGGGGCAAUGCCUUCGGGUUUAAGAUCUCCAGCCUCAACAAGAUUGCAGACACCAAGUCCAGCAUUGACAAGAACAUCACCCUUCUGCAUUACCUCAUCACUAUCGUCGAAAAGAAGUACCCCAAGGUCCUCCGCCUGCACGAGGAGCUGAGAGACAUCCCACAGGCAGCCAAAGUCAACAUGACCGAGCUGGAGAAAGAAAUAAACACUCUGAGGAGCGGCCUGAGGGCGGUGGAGGCUGAGCUGGACUUCCAGAAGUCUCAGGUUCAGCAGUCAGGCGACAAGUUCGUGUCUGUGGUCAGCCAGUUCAUCACGUUAGCCAGCUUCAGCUUCUCGGAUGUUGAGGAUCUUCUGAUGGAAGCAAAAGAGCUGUUUUCCAAGGCUGUGAAGCACUUUGGAGAAGACACAGACAAAAUGCAGCCUGAUGAGUUCUUUGGCAUCUUUGACCAGUUCCUUCAAGCCGUGACCGAGGCCAAGCAGGAGAAUGAGAACAUGAGGAGGAGGAAGGAGGAGGAAGAGCGACGCGCACGCAUGGAGGCACAGCUGAAGGAGCAGCGCGAGCGGGAGCGCAAAGCAAGGAAGGCGAAAGAGAGCGGGGAGGAAGGCGGUGAGUUCGACGACCUCGUCUCAGCCCUCCGCUCGGGCGAAGUCUUCGACAAGGACCUCUCCAAACUGAAGCGCAACCGCAAGCGCAUCACCAACCAGCUGGCCGACAGCGGCCGCGAGAGGCCCGUCACCAAGCUCAACUUCUGAGCCGUGAACUGCAGGAAAACCCAGCCGAAGAACAGCGUGGGUUGGUCUUUUCCAAGUGGCUAGAGGGGUUCUUUGUUCCCGUUACACUGCCUUGCGACUCCAAGCGAACCAGUGGCACGCUCUUUCUGCCCGCGGGCAAGUCUGUGUCUGUAUAUACCGUGUAUAUAGUCGGGGCACGGGCAUGGGGGGGUGGUGUGUGGGCAGCCCCCUUCGAUGGCUGCCCGCUUCGAUGGCUGCCAGCGCUGCCUCCCCCACUCCCCCCCCCCCCCCCACUCUGGAAAAGUAGUUCUCCCCAUGCACAAGCACAAUGCCGCACCUGCGGAGCAAGAGAGGACCCGACCCCAAGAUGCCAGCAGUCCCCUCGGUCCCCAGGAGCGACGGGAUGCCGCUCCCUGCCGCUCUCCUGCCUGGAGCCCCUCCGAGGCUGCUCGCAGUGAUGCCUCGCACACAAGGUUUAAAGAAGAAGAGACAAAACCCAACGUUGACUGAACUUGAAUCCCUGGGUUGUGUUUUCAGUUGUUGUCGUGAUCGUUCCCAAGAACUCACAGAGCUGCGCUUGCCCUCUGCUUCCUGAGCUCGGCGGCACAGGCGCUCCCGGCGAUGCUCUUCCCGACCUCCCUGGGAAAAGCUCUUUUCCCUCUUGCCACCACCUCGAUAAAGGAAAAACCUUACCCCAAAGUGCUUAUCGCUCUAAGGCCGCACAGAAGUAUUUAUACUGCUAGGACCCACUCUGGCCCCGGACAAUGGGAAAGGUCGGUUCUCGGAGGAGACAAAGAGCAUAAAACUUUGUUGUGUUGUAGUUUUUAUUCAUGCUUUCUGUUCAGUGGGACAAACUGUAUCCUCUGUAAAGGUGGGUCAGGACCAAAGGUCUCUGAUACAGGAAGGGGAUGGUGAAAAUCCCACCAGCUGUCACCUGCCUUCUUAUCUCUUUUCUUUACCGGACACACAGAAGCAGCGAUGCCAAGAAACCUUCUUAGCCAAGUCCUUUUCUCAGCCGGUUACCGGUUUGCCGUUCUCGUCGUCGUUGCAUAUUUGUAAGCAAAACCUACCUGUCAAAUGUCAGUCCAAUUACAAAACCAACAAAGACAAAAAAAAAAAACAAACACCCAAAACCCCACGUUAUAAAAAAAAAAAAAAAAGACAAAAAAAAAUUAUUAUUAUUAAUAAUAAAAAAAAAUAAUUCAAAGCUCUCAGGGAGUAAUAAUUUAAUGGUUUAGAAAAUCGAGAAUUGGAGGAUGAAAAGUAACCACCAUUAACAUAUUAACAUUUCUAUGCUUAAAUUAUGCUGAGUAUAUAGAGGACUGUUACUUUUUACUUCUAUUUAUUUGUGCUGUGGUCUUUUUUUUCCCCCUUUUUUUUAAAGAAAACAAAGCAAAAAAACUUUUUUUUUCUUUUUUAAUACACUUUUUGUGAUCCUCUAAGGGUUUGAGUUUUCUUUUUUGGUUGUUCUUUAUUUUUUACCCCCCCCCCCCCGUGGAGAGAUGAGUUUGUCCCUGUUGCACUAGAUAUUAAUGCUAUUUGACGUAGGUUGGUUGGUUGUUGGGUUUUUUUUGGGGGGGGGGGAUUUGUUUUGGGGUUGGGGUUUGUUUUUGUCAGAUAAAGGGGGGGUUACUGGUGGGGUGUGGGAGGUCAGUUAAGUGUAUGUACUGUAUAGCCAAAAAAAAAAGAGUUAAGUGCUGUUUAAUUUGUAUAAAAAGAUAUGGUUCUAAGCACUCAAAGGCCAUGGGGGCUGAGUGAAAGCUGUGAAAUCCCUCUCCAACCAGAGUUGUCAAGAGCUGUGGUUUUACCCUUCUGUUCUUUUCUUCAUUGCAACUUGCGACACACUGUAAAUUGAGAAAGAAGAGGAAAAAAAAAAAUAAGGAAAAGGAAAAAAAAAAGAAGAGGAAAAUAAAUUAAGGAAAUGGAAAUAAAAAGAGGAAAAUAAAUUAAGGAAAAGGAAAUAAAAAAGAAGAGGAAAAUAAAUUAAGGAAAAGGAAAUAAAAAAGUAGAGGAAAAUAAAGUAAGGAAAAGGGAAAAAAUAAAAGGAAGGGCAAAAAAAAAAAAGGAAAAGGUAAAAGGAAAAAGAAAAGCAAAAAUAGGAAAAAAAGAAAACAGGAAAGGAUAAAAAGAAAAGCAAAAAUAGGAAAAGAAAAGGAAAAAGGAAAAGAUUAAAAAGAAAACCAAAAACAGGAAAAGAAAAGAAAAAAGGGAAAGAUUAAAAAGAAAACCAAAAACAGGAAAAGAAAAGAGAAAAGGAAAAGGUAAAAAGAAAACCAAAAACAGAAAAAGAAAACAGGAAAGGAUAAAAAGAAAUGCAAAAACAGGAAGAGAAAAGAAAAAAGGAAAAGAUAAAAAGAAAAAGAAAAACAAAAACAAGAAAAAAGAAAACAGGAAAGGAUAAAAAGAAAUGCAAAAACAGGAAGAGAAAAGAAAAAAGGAAAAGAUGAAAA